AUGGUUUAUCGUCAAAAUUCAUUUGAAAAUUUAACAUCAUUCAUUCUCGAUCUUAAAUUAAAUAAAAAUUUCAAUUCGCAUAUUCCUAUCGAAUACGAUAAUAAUCGUAUCAAGACGAACAAAAACGAUUGUUUAUUUUAUACGGGAUCUGUACGACAUUGGGGAAAAUUACAAUCAAUGGUUGCAAUUUCGCAUUGUUCUGGUUUAGCUGGUCUAAUUCACGAUACUCGACAUGGUAUUGACUAUUUUUUAGAGCCGGUUGUUAAUGAAAAUGAACAAUCAUAUAUUCUUACUUAUCAACAAAAAUCUUCAUCAAAUCAAAGUCGCAUUUGGUCGUGCGAAAUAGAUUCAUCAGAAACAAUAAUAAACAAUCAUACAUUUAAACAUAAUCGACCGCGUCGCUCAAUUAUUCGUGAACGUUUUGUUGAAACAUUACUUGUGGCUGAUUCAAGUGUAACUGAAUUUUUUUCUCAUUCUCACAUAACUGAAUUAUAUUUACUUACUAUGAUGAAUAUGGUACAUAGUAUUUAUGCUCAUGUUAGUCUUGGUUAUCCCGUUGAAAUUGUUCUCACACGAAUAAUUAUGCUUAGUAAUGAAUCGGAUUUUCAAAUGGCAUCAAAAUCACAUGAAACAUUACAUAAAUUUUGUGAAUGGCAAGAAAAACUCAAGAAAACGAAUAAAACAAAUCGAACUAAUCAACAUGACGUUGCUGUUUUUCUUACAAGAAAAUCAUUAUGCCAGGACCAUUCACCUUGCUCAACGAUUGGUCUUGCUAAUAUGGCUGGCAUGUGUAUGGUUAAUCGAAGUUGUAAUAUCAAUCAAGAUGUUGGUCUUAUUUCAGCUUUUACUAUUGCACACGAAAUAGGGCAUAAUCUUGGAAUGAGUCACGACAAUGGUAAAGGUCAUUGUGCGUCAGAAUCAUCGUCAUCAAAUAGUGAUACAAUAAUGGUACCUAGCUAUGCUAAAGUACCGAUUAACAUGUGGUCUCAAUGUAGUCGAGAUACUCUAACAGAUUUUUUCGAUCACGGCUGGGCGAAAUGUUUGAAUAAUAAACCAACAACAAUGCAGCCAUUUGACGAUAUAUUACCCGGUAUAAUAUUUGAUCUUGAUGAGCAAUGUCGUCUUGCUAUGGGACCUCAUUCUACUUAUUGUUUUCUUGGGGAUGAACCACCUAUGGAUGUAUGCAAUCACAUGAUGUGCACAAAGAUACACGAAAGCCGAUCUAUAUGUCUACCAUCCAUGGCGAGUCAACCGGCUGAUGGAACAUUGUGCGGCCAAAAUAAAUGGUGUUUAAAUGGUCGAUGUACUCCGAUGAAUUAUCGAGCCGAAACUCCAUCAGUUAACGGUGGUUGGAGUCCAUGGACACCUUGGAGUUCUUGUUCGCAUACAUGUGGAUUAGGUGUUGAAUAUCAACAAAGAACAUGUACACAUCCAAAACCAGAUUUUGGUGGUAAACAUUGUUUAGGCGUACGCAAACGAUAUCGAACUUGUCAAAUUUCGUCUUGCAAAACAUCGGCUAUUAACUAUAAACAUGAAUCUCAAUUAAAUUGUGAUGAAUUAAAUUCAAAAUCAAAUGGAACAAAAUGGAAAACGGUACCAUGGUUUACUUCCGAACCUUGCAUGGUUUUUUGUACGCCAACUAUAUCAUCAUUGACUUCAGAUAAUGAAACAAUAAUACAAUCUAAUAUAACAUUGGCCGAUGAUGAAGUUGGAAAAGUUGAAUCAAUUAAAUUUCGUGAUGGAACACAAUGCACCAUCGAUGAUGAUGAUAAUCAAAAUGAAAAUUCUAUACCAUCUAGUGGAAUGUGCAUUGCUGGACAAUGUCAAAAAUUAGGAUGCGAUAAUCAAUUGUAUUCGACAGCUAUUGACGAUGAAUGUAGUAUAUGCAAUGGAAAUCGAAGUCAUUGUCAACAAGUAACAAAAAUAGUUCAAUAUAAAAGAAAUGCAACAACACCAGCCGGCUCGUACGUUAAAAUAGGCAGUAUACCGAAACGAAUAGCAACAUUUCAAAUCGAAAAAGCGACUCAGUCAAGUAGUUUUUUGGCAAUUCAGAUAAAAGAUCGAUUUUAUUUGAAUGGAAAUCGUUUGAUAACUGAACAGAAUAACUUUCAAAUUGGAAAAACUCGAAUAUCGUAUAAACGUGGAGUAAAACAAGAAAUUCUUACAGGUCGUGGAUAUCCAUUAAUUGAACAGCUUGAUAUUAUGUUACUUAUUCUUAAUAAUGAUUUAAUUAAAAUUAACUGUAUCUAUUGGGAAUCAAUUAAUAAAACAAAACUUUUAAAUAAUCACUAUACGUGGACAUUUGAAAAUGAAACAAACGAUGAUUGUUCAUGUACUGUUCGACAACCGCAUUGUACUUUUAAAUCACAACACAACGAAAUAAUUGUUGUUUCUGAUCAAUUAUGUGAUUCUAAAUCAAAGCCUCGCCCAUUAAAAUGUCAGAAUACGAACUGUCCAUUGCAAAUGCCUUGGGCUCCUCGUUGGCAAGUAGGUUCAUGGCGAUUGUGCGAAGGCCGUUGUUGGCCUCAAGAAGCUGUACAACGACGAAGUCUACUUUGUGUACGAACUAUAUCAAAUAAUAAGACACAUACAAUACCUUCAAGUAUAUGUACACAGAGACUUUCUUCUAUGCCUAUUAUUGUAAGAGAAUGCCCUCAAAAUAUGUCAUCAACACUACCGAAAUGUAGCAAAAUGAAAACAUAUAGUCAAUGGACUACAAGCGAAUGGACUGGAAAUUGCUCUUCGUCAAAUCCAUGUGCUAUGCAAUAUCGAACUGUAACAUGCAUGCCGUAUGAUCUGAAUUCGGUUUGUACUGCUGAUGAAAAAUUAAAACCAAUUGAUCGUCGACCAUGUAACGCUACAUGCGGUCAUUGGCUCGUCUCUCAUUGGUCAGAUAAUUGUACUGGGCCAUGUGAUAAUGCAACAUUAACGCGACAAGUCUGGUGUAGUACAUCCAUAUGUAAUCAAUAUGAACGGCCACUGUCAACGCGUCGUUGCAUUCUAUCAGACUGUACGAACGGAUCACUUUAUAAGAAACUAACCACAACUUCAACUACGCAAACAAUGAAUUCCACUGUAAAAAUUACUAAGCCUCAAUCGAAUUCUACAAUUUCACCUAUUCGUACAUCGAAAAUUGUGAGUACGUCUAGUAAAAUAUUUUUGACAACAAAACUAUUUAAAACAACUAUGCAAUCGCCAAAGACAAGCGCAACGGCAAAAACUACUACUACAAUUCAGAAAAACAUUUCUACAAAAAUAUCAACGGCAAUGUCUACUCCUACGAAACAGAUAAUUUCUACAACAAAAACUACAGAAAAAACUGUUUUAACAACAAAACAAACUACUACUACCACUACUAAGAAAAAAACUGUCAAGAAAACAAGAGAAGCCAAUAUUCAACAAGAUGAUACAAAUAGGAACAGUGCAUAA